GAGAAGUGAGUAAAAUCCGGUAUCCUAUGAAACGUGUUAGCAAUGUACUUAACUUCGGUCAAAACGGCGAAAUUUGAGUGGUCCCACGUGUCCAGUUAUUACAGAUUUUAACACUCAUAUCAAUCUCAUUUUGGGAGAAAAAAAGAAAAAAGCAAAUACUUGACAGACUGUAGAGUGCAGAAUCAUUCGGAAUUUGUUCAAUAAUUUUUCAGAUCUAGUUGUAGGAGUUGAAAGAAAAAUGGGUAGGAUGGAUUAUUUGGCUAUGAAGACUGAUGAAGAUACUAACAAAUUGAUUAAUGAAGAUCUGAAUGAGCUAAAGUUAGCUGCUAAGAAGCUCUUUGACCAUGCCACUAAACUUGGCGGUCUUGGAUUUGGUACUUCUCUUCUCAAAUGGUUUGCCUCAUUUGCUGCCAUUUAUUUGCUGAUACUGGACCGGACAAACUGGAAAACAAAUAUGUUGACUGGACUUCUAGUCCCAUAUAUCUUCUUCAGUUUCCCUGCAGUGUUAUUCCACUUCUUCAGAGGAGAGGUCGGGAAAUGGAUUGCUUUCGUUGCAGUUGUACUCAGGCUUUUCUUCCCACGACAUUUUCCAGACUGGUUGGAAAUGCCUGGUUCAUUAAUCCUACUCCUAGUGGUUGCGCCCAACAUCUUUGCCCACACUUUCAGAGACAGUUGGAUUGGCACUGCGAUAUGUCUUUUGAUUGGCUGCUAUCUCCUCCAAGAGCACAUCAGAGCCUCCGGUGGAUUCAGAAAUUCCUUAACACAAAGCAAUGGUAUAUCUAACACAGUUGGUAUAAUUCUUCUGUUGGUCUAUCCAAUCUGGGCUCUGGUUCUUCGAGCCGUCUGAUGAACUAUAGCUACAACGAUCAUAUGUGUGUUUUCGUCCACGAAUUUCAAUGUUCAAUGCUGCAAAGCAGACCUCUGAAUAAAUGGAUUUGGUUUUGUUUUAAACAUUUCUGGUUAUGUGAUCAUGUACUUUUGACAUAUGAAGUACUUAUGGUUGAUGGAUUUAAUUGUAAAGUUCUCUUCACACAUUCACGCUUGCAUACUAUGAACUUGGUAAGGUGACAGAUUAUAUAUACUCACACUGGCUCAUUUUAUGUGGC